AUUGUAAGAAGCAGAGAAACAGCCUAAAAAAUUGCGGCCCCGUCGCCCGUACAUCGUGAUCGUCCCCCAGUAUGCGAACAUAUAACUGAGACUUCAACUUCUGCUCGCCCGUCAGCAGGCGUUCGGCCAAAUAAGCAGCACCACAAAGACCUCUCAAACAUAAUGGACGACCCAUCGUUUGACCGCUGCAACCACUUUCCUGCUCAUAUAGGGCCGAAAGUAUUUCCAAAUUUCUUUCUUUGGAGUCGAUUGGUGCGAUGGGCACAAAAGGAAGAUCUUGUGGCCGUAACCGACCUGACCUUCAACUUCAAGGCGACCUACGCACAGUUGUUAACAGAUGUUCUGCAUCUACGAAACUAUUUGCGCCAGUGCUUGCAUGUGGAAAUUGUUGCAAGCAUUGAUCGCGGCGAAGAGGUGUUCUUCAACUUACUCGGCCCUGCUGGAUAUGAAUUUACGGUCGGGUUCCUAGCGCUCAUCGCACUCGGCGUAGUGGUCGUGCCAAUAUCUCCGGACUUACCAGUCAAAGAAGCAACGUACUUUGCGACUAAAUGUCAAUCAAAGGCAGUCCUGGUUGCGGACAGAUGCGUCAGACUUGGCGAACAGCUGGAACGUGUCAUGCAGUCACAUACCAAAGGGCUGUUCAGAUCGAUCAUGAUCAGACCACAUUUGAUGCAAAGAUGUUUAGAACCAAGCGAAUUUCAGGUCUCUUCUGAUGUCUACACCGAUCUGAACCAAAGCGCGUAUGUAAUUUUCACGUCCGGCACGACCGGCCCCCCGAAGGGCGCCGUCAAGCGGCGUGGCUUCCUGUACGAUGUCGCAAGCCAAUUCAGCGAUCAGCACGGUAUACGGCAAGGAGAUCAUGUUCUACACGUCCUUCCCGUGCACCACGCGACCGGAAUCACAGUGACAUUGCUUCCCUUCAUUUGGAGUGGUGGCCACAUCGAGUUUCGAAGUGGAGGAUUUGACCAAGCGUGGACCUGGGAGCGCAUUAGAAAGGCUGAUUUGGACUUCUUUUCUGGCGUGCCUACAAUAUACAUGAGGCUCAUGCAAUACUAUGAGCAAAAGCUGAGUAAGCUGCCACACGCCGGAGAGUAUGCUGCUGGUGCUUCACAUAUACGGGUCAUGCUUUGCGGCACGUCUGCUCUGCCGAGACCUUUGCAACACAAGUGGACGAAACUGCGUGGAGGGAAGCACAUCUGCACCCGGUAUGGUGGAACAGAAUUCGGGAAUGUGUUCACAGUGACGCCGUGGUUGAAGAAUGUUCCCGAUGGCUCCGUCGGAACCAAAGGACCUGGCAUUGACUUCAAGCUCUCUGGCGGAGAUGAAGGAGAGGUUCUGGUCAGAACGCCAAUUAUGUUCUCAAAAUACUUGUUUGAUCCCGAGGGCACGAAGAAAGCAUUGGAUGCGGAAGGGUACUUUAAAACCGGAGAUAUUGCGCGCAAGGAGGGAGAUUUCUACUUCAUUCUUGGCCGAGCGUCGAUUGACAUCAUCAAAUCCGGUGGCUACAAGAUCUCGGCCUUGGACAUCGAACGGGAAAUAAUGGGCCUUGAUUACGUGUCCGAAGUCAUGGUCGUUGGAGUCGAAGACGAGGAAUUUGGACAACGUGUGGCUGCAGCAGUCAUUUUGCGGGAAGAUCUACGGACAACGCUGACCAUCGAUGAGCUACGAGCCGACUUACGCGCUAGCUUGGCUGGUUAUAAGAUGCCAACACUUCUUAGAGUGGUCAAGGAAAUUAGGAAGAACGCAACGGGAAAGGUCAUCAAAAAAGUUCUUGUUGGAGAGCUUUUCCCGCCCGGCGGACACCCAGAUGUCCAGGUUUGGAGAUCCUCGAAAGGACUAGGGGGUAUUGAAGCUCGUAUGUAGACGUAUUGACAUAGGAUAUCUUUUAGACGGCACAGGCCACUCGGAUAGACAUACACCGUUUCUGACAUGAACAUACAAUGGAC